UAGGGGGAGGGGGAGGGAAUUACCAGAAAUUGGAGAAUUUAAUGUUCAUACCACCAGGCUGGAGGCUACCCAGACGGUAGAUGAGAUGUUGCUUCUCCAAUCUCAGUUUGGCCUCAUCAUGGCAGUAGAGGAGGCCAUGUGUGGACAUAUCUCGAUGGGAAUUAGAGACAGAGUGGGUGGCUACCGGGAGGCCCUGUCUAUUGUGACAUACAGUGUAGGUGCUCGACGAAGGUCACGCCGAUGUAGAGGAGGCCGCACCGGGAGCAUCGGAUGCAAUAGACGACUCCAGCAGACUCGCAGCCCGCACCCCCGCCUGUCUCUGCCCUUCUGUACUUCCUCCCGCAUUAAACGACAGCGGCAACCGCCACACAUUGGCGCCGAUUCCCAUCCCCCAGUGUUCCGAUUGGCGAUUCGUUUCUCCAGACAGCCAAUGGAAAUGCUCAGCAUUCCCAUCCUCAUUAACAUACCACUUCGGGCGCUGCCUAUUUAAUCCGCGCUCCGGACAGUUUUUCUUAUUAUUGUGUUUGAAACCGACGAGGAAAUGCCUGAUCCACCGAAACCCGCUCCCAAGAAGGGCUCCAAGAAAGCUCUGUCCAAACCGGCGAGCAAGUCUGGCAAGCGGCGCAAGAAGUCGAGGAAGGAGAGUUACGCCAUCUACAUCUACAAAGUGAUGAAGCAGGUUCACCCCGACACCGGCAUCUCCUCCAAGGCCAUGAGCAUCAUGAAUUCAUUCGUGAAUGAUAUUUUCGAGCGCAUCGCGGGUGAGGCUUCCCGCCUGGCCCAUUACAACAAGCGGUCCACCAUCAGCUCCCGGGAGAUCCAGACCGCCGUUCGCCUGCUGCUGCCCGGGGAGCUGGCCAAGCACGCCGUGUCCGAAGGAACAAAGGCGGUGACCAAGUACACCAGCUCCAAGUGAAGAGAAGUUUACUGACAAAACAAACGGGAAAAUCAAAGGCUCUUUUAAGAGCCACUCACGGUUUCAUUAAAAGAGUUACAGACUAUUGAGACAAGGAUUUGAGGAUUUUAAAAUUUUUUGAUGCGCUCAUUCAGAAUCUUAUCUCCGUUACUCAGAACUUGCUGUCCACUAUUCAGCAGAAUCCCGAUUUCUUUUGCAUUCCUGCGUACUGCACAGGUACGGAAUCGUUACGUACCCCUUCCCCGUCAUUUCCUCUCGGUCAUCAGGUUUCUCUGAAGAAGGCACUAAUUGUUGUUUCAGUUUU